CUGUCAGAGCUGUCGCCAUAUUAGCUUCUUUCGAUCUCUUUUUCCGGUUGCGCUUGCAAGUGAAGAUGCCUGGAAUCACCGUAAAGGACGUUGAUCAAGACAAAGUGGUUGAGGGUGUUGCCCUUUUCCUCAAGAAGUCUGGAAAGCUGAAGGUGCCGGAGUAUGUGGAUCUGAUCAAGACCGCCAAGUUCAAGGAGCUGGCCCCGACCGACCCGGACUGGUUCUACGUCCGCUGUGCCUCGAUCCUGCGCCGCCUGUACCACCACAGCCCGGCCGGCAUCGGGUCGAUCUGCCGCAUCUACGGUGGCCGCCAGCGCCACGGUGUGCGACCGUCCCACUUCUGCCGGGCCGACGGUAGCGCCACCCGUAAGGCCGUCCAGGCCCUCGAAGCCAUCAAGAUGAUCGAGCGGCACGCGGACGGUGGCCGCAAGCUCUCCAGCCAAGGCCAGCGCGAUCUGGACCGCAUCGCGGCCCAGAUUUCCAGCAAGAAGCGCGAAGCGGCCAAGAAGGAAGCCGCCCAGGUGCUGAAGCUGCAGGAAUAAGCGUGUGUGUGCUGUUUUUUUGAACGCCCGUGGGUAAAAUCCAUUUUUUUCUUGUAUUCCGUGCGCGGGAGAGAAAAGAAAACAACACAACUCUGUGGAUGAAAGUUUGAAACGAUGGUGGUGUGGUCAGAAUAUAAGUUACUUGCUACUACUGUGGACGACAGCGAACCAACAUCGCGCUGUCGUUGAGAGUGGAAAACAAAUUGGA